AUGGAGAAAGAAGUAUCUUUUGUACUUGAGGGCCUCGAGAACUCGACUUUGGUAACGGCCUCACCCGGAUUGAAACAGCUAGAAAACCUUUUGCAAAAGCUACUUCCGGAAAUCGAGCAGUUUCAAAACAAUGGGAUAGUGGCUCCGCGACUAAGAGAGCUCAUCAACUUACAAGACAAUUUUGCUUACAACAUCACCGUUUGUCUAGUCAGAAUAUAUGAAAAAGAUUUACACAAAGAUGAUACGUUGUUAUUAAAUAGGCUUUUACAAGGACUAUUGUUGUUGCAUCCAUCGUCAAAGAACAUUUUCAAUCGUGACCGAAACAUGCGUUUGAUUUUAGAUUUGUUAGAUGACUAUAACAAAGACUUGGAGAUUACAAUAUCUGUUAUAACCACAUUGAUACAUGUACUACUAAAGAAUUACGAGAAUUACCGCAGUUUUGAGAGAAACCGCGGGUGUUUGAAGUUGAUUCGGCAUUUGAAAUUGGACUCAACAGACGUUAUACCGGUAGAUGAUGUGCCACAGUCAAGCUCGGUGAAGAGAAACGGUGGUGCAUAUUCGCUUCAGCAGCAUUUAAAUUUCAAAGUCAUUGAGUUUUUGAUGUUUUAUAUGAGUGAGGAAAUUGACAAUCCAAACCCACACGAUGUCGAUAUGAAGGCAGAUUUAUUUAGAGAGGUGUUUCCUGCGAUUGACUCAUUGAUUGAAAGUUUGAACGAAUUAAAUAAGUUGUAA